AUGAAUGAAAGUUCACAGUACAAUGAAUAUCCUACAAUAUCCUGUAAUAACCGACGUAUCCUUUAUCACACACCCACAGGAGGAUGGUACUGCUUUGACCGAAAGAGCUGCGAACAGCGUUGGCACGGCCUCAAACCCCUGAUGACCUCGCGAGGAUGGCCACCCACCCGUCAAGUCGGGGGAAUUCUUUCGCCUGACCCGAAGGUCAAUCCUCACUGGUGGGAGGCCAAUCACGUGUUCGUCCCCUACUGCUCUUCAGACUCUUGGUCAGGGACGAGAUACUCCGCAGAGAGCGCCGGCGGCUUCUCCUUCAUGGGAAGCGUCAUCAUAGAGAAAGUCAUCCAGGCCGUGGUCAGACUGAAUCUGACCCACGGUCAUAAAUUGAUCUUGGCUGGAAGCAGCGCUGGCGGAGUGGGAGCCAUGGUGAAUGUCGACCGCGUCUCUCAACAACUACUAGACCAAGGGAUCGAGGCCGAGGUUCGAGCCGUCUCCGACUCCGGUUGGUUCUUGGAUAACGAACCCUUCGCGCCCUUGGAGUGCCUCAACGCCCACAGCUGCCCGCCCGCCCUGGAGGCUAUCAGGAGAGGCCAGAAGCUCUGGCAAGGGCGGAUACCCACCAGCUGCCUUCAAGAAUAUCCGCAGCAUCCGUGGUACUGCUACUUCGGGUAUAGGGCAUAUCCUACCAUGAAGUCUCCGCUCUUCGUCUUCCAAUGGGUGUUUGACGAGGCUCAGAUGACAGCUGACAACGUUGGAAAGCCUAUUUCGAAGGAACAGUGGGACUACAUACACGGCAUCGGAGAGAGGCUUCGAAAAACGUUCGAAAACGUCACGGCUCUGUUCGCCCCAUCCUGCAUUUCGCACACUGUCCUCACCAAGAAGGACUGGACCAACAUCAAGAUAGGCGACGUGUCUCUACCUCAGGCUCUCAACUGCUGGGACGCCGCGUCGACAACAACCCUGAACGCUUUGUUUCACCAGAGGGAGAACAGGACCUCUGGACUGUCCCAGACCUCAUCCUCCUCAUCUUCAACAACGUCCAAACACAACAAAGUGCGACACCACAACGGAGGCAGCAGUAGUAGCAGUAGCAGUAGGAAUCGUCAACGCCAACAUCGUCAGAAGAGAACGCCCGGAAAAGCCAGGGGAGGGGCGGUAGGAAAGCCCGACCGCGGGACUCCUCAGCAGAGGAGCACCGGUCCCAAAGACACCAGAAUGGCAGGAAGUGACAGAGUACAAAGUAGCCAUUUAGAUCUUGUUCGCGGUGCUGCUGACAGCAGUGACUCAAGAAACGACAGUGCUGGCGGCCGUGUCAGGGAAGGUGCCCUAGUGAUAACUGCGAACAUUACCGUCAUAGACCCGGGCAGCACGCGAGCCAAGUUAGCACAGACACUCGACAGUGCCAACUACCAUCCUCAGGGAUUAAGUGGACCUAAUGUCCCCCACGGGGAUAUACAACAACCAAAGACAGGAGACGGAGGUGACAACAAAGAAGAAGAAGGAGGAGAAGACAGGAGUACCAGACGUCGUAACCGCAAGAAGAAGAAGAGGAAGAAGAAGAGGGGAAGAGGGAAGGAGAAGAAACGGAAGAAGAAGAGGCGGGAGCGCAGGAAAAAGCAAAAAGAGAGGAGGAGAAAGCAGAAGGAGAAGAGGAACAAGAAACGAACGCGUCUAAAAGGCGUUACGAAAACCAAAGAAACCCAGGGUGGUAGAGACAGGAGAAGCCUUCUACCACCUCCACCUGCUCCUUCUUCUUCUUCUUCUUCAGAGCAGUCCUCCGAUACCGAUGCUCUUCUCCUCCACCACCAGCCUGUCUCCUCCUCAUCUCCUCUGUCCAGCAGCACUAGUACUACUACUACUACCACUUUUCCACUUUCUGCCAUGCCUGAGUACCCCAAUAACGCUUUCUCUACGACAAAACGCACAGUCCAGCCCAAUUCUCCUGAUUCUUCUCUAUCUUCUUCCAACACCACCACCACCACCACCAGUCUUGUCUCUACCAUUGUACCCUCCUCCUCCCUCACAACACAAUCAGGGUCGCUGGAAAUGGGGGAGGAUGCCAUGGUGCCAAAACUAAACGAUGCCUACUCUGCAGACCUGUGCCCAGCCCAUACUCUGCACUUGACAGAUAACUGCGCCUGGCCCCACUGCAACUAUGCCUGCCCGAAGCUGCUCAAUCCUUUCACAGGUGAAGAAAUGAACUUCCUAGACCUACUGAAGAGUUUCGGUCUAGACAUGGCGAGUAUAGCAAACGCUCUUGGUAUCGAUAUACACACCCUCAAUUCUAUGGGCAACGACGAGCUCCUGCUGAUUCUUACGCAGUGAAAAGGGAUUUACUUCUUUAAAAAAACAUAUUUCAUUGCAGUUCCUGUCUACAACGAGCUUUCGACUAAGGAAUCAAACUGUAAAAGCAAUGGUUUCCCCACAAGAACUCGAGCAGCUUCUAUCCUCAUGAUUAUAAGUCUAAUGGAUUCUGUUUUUAUAUACUUCACAAAUCAGUUGUAUGCUAUAAAAACAGCAGUGACCUCUGUAUGUAACCUCGUUUCCUGUGACAUCACCAUACACAAAUACAUAAGUUUUAUACAUUACUGUUGGCGAAAUAUGAAAUAUUCAUAAGAAUAGAAGUGUCUCAAGGUAGCAUAGAUCCACAAGGUGAAAUGGGAUUAACCACUUGCUUUAGUUCAGUAAAUUGACCGAAUUUACAAAACAUUUUGAUUUAACGUAAUCUCUAGAGCCUUUAGCAUCUACUAGUACAACAUCCUAGUAAACUCAUCUAUUUUAAUAAUAAUUAUGUUUAAAAAGAUUUUUCCAUAAAAAACCAAUUUUGAGCUGCUAUCUUUAAACGUAUUUAUGUGAACAUCUGUUAAAUUCAUAAUAACAAAAGAUUUGUUGAUCUCCCAAAGUUUCGUUGGUUUAUUUCAAAUUACAAUUUUGACCACAUUAAACAACUAGAGUAUAACAAGUUAUUAUUUUAUUAAAAGUAUCAAAGUAAAUGCAUACAAAAAAUGGAUUCAUUUUACUUAUACAGCACCAGACAGCAAUUAAGUAUAUCUUUACUAAUUCUGUCAAUGAUCUAAAUAACAGUAGAUGCAUAAUUUUUGUCAGGUUAAACCCCCAGUUUACAAAUAUAUCAUGCUUCUCAAGUAAAACUAUCGUAAAGUAACAAUAAAGUAACAAAAAUUGCCACGGAACCAUUCCACCACUCGCAAAAAAAAUGUGAAAUUGGCCACCUUACCGAACAGUUUGUGUAAGCGCGUUGUCACUCUUAAAUGCUUCCUUCUACCCAGCAAAAUGAAACUGAAACUUGACGUGCACUUUUGCAUAAGAGUUAUAAUAGAUUAUCUCCAACAAAGUACAAAUAAGUUAUAACUUAAUUUCUUAGUCUUGUAUCUGCUAUGCCAAUGUUUACCUUUUAUUAAAUAGUAGGCCUACGCGUGUGGUGAAGAGCCAAGAUGGAAAGUUGAUAGACCUAUGAAGCUUUCAAGCUUGUGGUGUUUUCUUGGUAAUUCGACUUAUGUAGGCUGAUAUGUCUGCGUUAUACCACAACUUGACAGCUAAUAUAUUCGACAAAGACUUCCCAGAAAGUAUAUAACUACUUGGGAGUGAUUCAUGACAAAAAGACUUAACAGAAAGACCUUCAACUAAUCUGAGCAUCUAAAAGGGCUUACUUCUCCACACUCUGUCUAGGAACUUACACUUACUUUAAAUAUCUGUAUAAGACAUUCAUUCGUCUCCAUGUACAAUCAAUUCAGUUAUAGUAAUCUCCUUAAGGGUAGGUCGAAUUUAAAUGUAGAUCAACUGUAAACUACAAAUUGAAGCAAUGAACUACCUCGACUAGUCUCCCGCCCACCGUGUUGUCAAGAAGGUAUAAUUUAACCGUGUGGUGAUGUUGACAGCAUGUUGACUACAAAAUAAAAUGGUAUAUUUGCCUAAAAACUAAUAAACUCUUGAAUAAUGUUAACGGUUCUCCUCAUUGUUAGUUAAAUAAUGUAAAUUUAUCUGGACUUACAUAACAAGCACAUGCAAAGUUGACUAAACUACUGAUAACAAAGGUAAACAGAGAACCUACAAAUUUCAGGUAGGACUAACCGUUACAUCAAAGAGUUGCCUUCCAAGUAGUGUUUUACAUCUAAAAAACUGUCACCAGUAGCUGAAGCUUUUCACGAUGCAAGUAAAUUUAUUAGAAAGUGCUUCUUUCCUGUAAUAUUGAAGCCUACUGUAACAAUUUCAGUUUACAAACAAAACACGACCUAUUGACGGGCCAUUGACUACAUAAACGUGGUACACAUAUAAUAUCUGCCUAAUCUCUUAAGUAUGUAUAAACUCCCAUAGUCAAACUCCUUUAUAUUAUAUCCCAAAGCGGGUAGUAAACCUCUCCUCUUAUCUCACACACUUAUUUUUUUAGUAGGCUUACCCUCACCUUUACUUAGACCUAUGGUAAAAGAUUAAACUAGAAAAACAUUCUCAGUUUUCAUGUCACAGUGCAAAAACAAAAACAAAAAAAGAAAAAAAAACUUCAUCGCCUUUACUUACAAGAUAAAGGGGAAAUUAUUUUAGUAUAUUAAAGAUGUAGUGGAAAUUCCAAAGUUUAUAUAAAUGAGAAAAAUUAAUAUUUAUGUAUAUACUAUUGUAUAAAAAUUUUAUAUUUGUAGGCUGUAUAAUGUUGUCUCUAGCUUGUAAGAUUGUAAGCUUACCGAAUCUACCAAUCUACCUCAGUUUCAAGUGAAUGUUUACGUUUGUAGAGUAACAGAACGGCAUUAGCAAAUCACACUCAGACAAU